CCUGAUAUUUGUUGUGGACCACAUCGGCCCUACAAUAUCAGAGGUGUCAUCCCAAGAAGAUUAUUGUACACAGCUUCUGAUACAUGUACAUUUCUAAGCAUGAGUGGAGAGUCACAAGGUAGAGAAGCAUCAUGUCAAGCCGAGGAGUCCGUUAGCUGGAAGCAGUGCAUUAUCUGCCAGUCUGAUGAUGACAAGAAAGGAGUCCUGGUGCAACAUCCUAAAUUAGAGUCCUAUGGACUCGUACUGCAGGCAGUUCAAGAGAGGGCCAGUUUGAAUGAUGGGGACUACGUCCAAGUCCAAAGGCGACUGCAAAACUGCACACUAGAAACAUUGUGCACAGAGCAGGCAGUCUGGCAUCGCUCCUGUCACUCAAAUGCAACUAACAACGACCAAAUACAAUGUGCAAGAGACCGCAAUGCACACGCUCUAACUAGAGGACACUACACUGCCAAAAAGCGUGGACAGAAAAGAGGAAGCACAGAAAUUGAUGAUCCAGACCUCUCAACAUUUAGUUUUUCAUCGCCAUUCACACGAUCCUAUACAAGUCCACUGAAUAAGGAACAGUGCUUCUUUUGUCAAAAGGACGAUGGCCAACAACUGUACCAGGUCAGGACUGAGAAUGCUGGUAAACAUCUUAAAGAGGCUGUGGAAAUAUCCCAUAAUACUGCACUGAAGACCAGGCUGAACACCUGCAUCUCACCAGGUGAUGCACAUGCGAUUGAUGUCCAAUACCACAAAGUUUGCUGGAGAAAAAAUGUGUUCCAUGCUCUUCGAGAACCUAGCACUAGCACUAGCAAAACUGCCAAAGAACCUUUCCUACAAAAGUCAAGUCUGCUUGAGCUGAUUAACCUUAUUGAUGUAGAAACACAAAACCAAGCAUACCUUAGCAUGGAUGACAUUGAAACCACAUAUAUCAAUAUGCUUGGUUCAGAAGUAUUGGAAACUCAUCUACCUGCAUUCAGUAGAAAGUGGCUGAAAGAAAGAAUCCUCACUGCUUUGCCACACUUGAAGUCUGUUCGUCAAAAAGACAGAAGGAAGCCAGCAAUCCUCUACUCCCCAUAUGCAUGUGAAGAGGACAUGGUUAAUACUAUGACAACAACUGAUAAGAAGAAGGAGGAGAACAGCAUGAAGACAAUCUACAAAGCAGCACAGGUGAUAAGGAAAAGCAUUGCAACCUUCACCAAGGAGAGAAAUGUCUUACAGGUAUCUAGUGACAUUACCGAUGUUCCAGCUGAACUAUACACCAUGAUCCAUUGGAUAAUGGUUGGGCCUGCUGAAAAGCUGGAAACUGAAAGAGGACCAGAGUUGUUGACCGAGUCACACUGA